UCUUUUCAGCAUUUUUUUGACACUGUUGUGCUCUCUGGAUGUCAUUGCUUACCUGCUAUAUCACCUAAUCAACAGUUAACAUGGAUAAAAAGAAGAAACCAUACACUGUUACAGCGUCAUCGCUGGUUGAUUUGAAAGCGGAAUUAUAUCGGAAGCAGGAGAAAUUUAAGCACGACAGACUUGGCCAAGAUGCAGGAGCAGCACAGAAGUCCAAGACAAAAAUAAAAAAGCCCAAUAUCUGGACUAAACAAAAUGAAGGAGUCAAUGUACGAGCCGAGAGGGACGUUCAGCAAACGGUUGAGGAAGAAAACACACUGGACAAAUCCAGGCAAAAAUUGGAGGAAAAGGCUCGUCUUUAUGAACAAAUGACAAAAGGAGAUUUCCCAGAUGAGGAGACUGAAAGUCUUUUUCUGGUGGACUUCACCCAGAAGAUCAUCAACCAGAGGAAUGAACCACAGACAUACACUACACGGGACCGAGAUGGAGAGGACUCUGAUGUGAACGUCCCUAUUCCAGACCCACAGAAUGCAAAUGAAGAAUGGGUGGACUAUGUUGAUGCAUUAGGACGUUCUCGAAGAUGUUUAAGGAAAGACCUACCUGGUUUUCAGAAAAUGGAUCAAGAUUUCCAGAACAAGAGGGUGACUGGCACUGACAGGACGCUGUUAUCUGAUGACAUGAGGAGAGAAAUGCAGCGAGAGCAGUGGGAGAAAGAGGAAGAGGAGCAGAUGAAGAGACCUGUUGGACCCAUUCACUAUGAAAAUAUCAAAGAGCAAGAGGCCAGAGAGCUGGGUGUUGGGUAUUUUGCUUUUGACCAGGAUGAGGACCGACGUAGAAAACAGAGAGAAACUCUAGACAUGCUGAGAGAUCAGACCACAGAACAGCGCAGCAAACGUGAGCAACUGAAGGAUAAGCGGAAAUCCCUUCUUGAAGCUCGACUCGCUAAAGUGAGGAUGAGAAGGCUAAAGAAAAGCAAGCUGGAGCCAGGGGAUGAAGAAGAUGCUCCUGCCGCUGAUGGUGCUGAGAAUGAUGAAGAUGAAAUUGGACCCCCUGCAAAAUUGCUGAAAGUGGAAGUGCAGAUUCAGGAAAGAAAAGACACCAAACCUGGCGUUCCAUACGUAAGGGAGUGGGACAGAGGCAAAGAGUUCUCCUGGGGUCAGUGGACCAGUCUUCGUCGAGAGGAGCGAGACUCCGAUUUUGCUCCUCCCUCUGCUUAUUUCGCCGAUGACAGAUGGGCCAAUCACAACAGAGCAACAGACAAAGGGCAGGCUAAAGGAAAACCUGCCUUCAAGUGGUCUGAAUCCCAAAGGGCCACCGAAAGAGACACAGAGAACAUAUCUACCCCUAGUCAUCCUUCUGACAUGCCCACAUAUGCACAACCUUCUCAACCACAGACUGCACAAACACAGAGUCUGGAUGACCUGUUGUCGUUCUACAAACACUCUACGUGAACAAGUCAGAAAAUCACGUUGGAAAUUAUAGGAAAUGGCAGGCUCCAUCAAGCCUGGUGCAUUAUGUCAGUCUUAAGCUGGAGGUACAUUUAGACUUUGUGUAAAAUGUAACUGAUUUGCAAAAUUAGAAUAAAGAUUGACCAGA